AUGUUCCCAGCUUGCCCUUGCCUCUGGGUCCUCGUGGUCCUGGGCUCCAGCUGGGCAGGCUGGGGGAGCCUAGGGGCUGAAGCAGCGCGGCUAAGGCAGUUCUACGUGGCUGCUCAGAGCAUCAGCUGGAACUAUCGCCCCGAGUCCACAUACCUUAGUUCGAAUACUUCUGCAACCUCCUUUAAGAAAACUGUCUACAGAGAGUAUGAAGCAUAUUUUCAGAAAGAAAAACCACGAUCCACAACUUCAGGACUUCUCGGGCCUACUUUAUAUGCUGAAGUUGGAGACAUCAUGAAAGUUCACUUUAAGAAUAAGGCAGACAAGCCCUUAAGCAUCCAUCCUCAAGGAAUUAAGUACAGUAAAUUCUCAGAAGGUGCUUCUUACCCUGACCACACAUUCCCUGUGGAGAGGAUGGAUGAUUCUGUAGCUCCGGGCCAAGAAUAUACCUAUGAGUGGAAUAUCAGUGAGGACAGUGGGCCCACCCACGAUGACCCUCCAUGCCUCACAUAUAUCUAUUACUCCUAUGAAAAUCUGGUACACGACUUCAACUCUGGACUGAUUGGACCUCUGCUUAUUUGUAAGAAAGGCACCCUAACUGAGGAUGGGAUGCAGAAGAUGUUUGACAAGCAACAUGUACUGAUGUUUGCUGUGUUUGAUGAAAGUAAAAGCUGGAACCAGACAUCAUCCCUAAUGUACACAGUCAAUGGCUAUGUGAAUGGGACAAUGCCAGAUAUAACAGUUUGUGCCCAUGACCACAUCAGUUGGCAUCUGAUUGGAAUGAGCUCUGGGCCAGAACUGUUCUCCAUUCAUUUCAACGGCCAUGUCCUGGAGCAGAGCCGUCAUAAGAUCUCAGCCAUCACUCUCGUCAGUGCUACGUCCACAACGGCAAACAUGACCAUGAGCCUAGAGGGAAAGUGGAUCAUAUCUUCGCUCAUCCCGAAACAUUUUCAAGCUGGGAUGCAGGCUUACAUAGACAUUAAAAACUGUGCAAAGAAAACCAGGAAUCCUAAGAAACUAACUCGAGACCAGAGGCGGCACAUUAAGAGAUGGGAAUACUUCGUUGCUGCAGAGGAAGUCAUUUGGGACUAUGCACCUAUAAUACCAGCAAACAUGGACAAAAAGUACAGAUCUCUGCAUUUGGAUAAUUUCUCAAACCAAAUUGGAAAACAUUAUAAGAAGGUUGUCUACAAACAGUACCAAGAUGCAUCCUUCACCAAACUCCUGGAGAAUCCCGAUAACAAACAAGAUGGGAUCUUGGGCCCUAUUAUCAGAGCCCAGGUCAGAGACACACUUAAAAUCACGUUCAAAAAUAUGGCCAGCCGCAGCUACAGCAUUUACCCUCAUGGUGUGACCUUCUCUCCUUAUGAAGAUGAAGUCAACUCUUCCUCCACCUCAGGCAGUAACACCAUGAUCAAAGCAGUUCAACCAGGGGAAACCUAUACUUAUAAGUGGAACAUCCUAGAGUCUGAUGAACCCAAGGAAAAUGAUGCUCAGUGCUUAACAAGACCAUACUAUAGUAAUGUGGACAUCACAAGGGACAUUGCCUCUGGGCUGAUAGGGCUACUUUUAAUUUGUAAGAGCAGAUCCUUGGAUAAGCGAGGCAUACAGAGGGCAGCAGACAUUGAGCAGCAGGCUGUGUUUGCUGUGUUUGAUGAGAACAAGAGCUGGUACAUUGAGGACAACAUCUACAAGUUCUGUGAAAAUCCUGAGAAGGUGAAACGUGAUGACCCCAAGUUUUAUGAGUCAAACAUCAUGAGCACUAUCAAUGGCUAUGUGCCUGAGAGCAUACCCACACUAGGAUUCUGCUUUGAUGACACCGUCCAGUGGCACUUCUGCAGUAUGGGAACCCAGAAUGACAUUUUGACCAUUCACUUCACUGGGCACUCAUUCAUCUAUGGAAAGAAACACGAGGACACCUUGACCCUCUUCCCCAUGCGUGGGGAAUCUGUGACCGUCACAAUGGAUAAUGUUGGAACUUGGAUGUUAACUACCAUGAAUUCCAAUCCAAGAAGCAAAAAACUGUGGCUGAGAUUCAGGGAUGUUAAGUGUAUCCGGGAUUAUAAUGAUGACUCAUAUGACAUUAUAUACGAACCUUCAGGAUCUACAUCCAUAACUACAAGGAAAAUGCGUGAAUCUUCAGAAAUCAAAGAUAAAAAUAAUGAUGCUGACUAUGAUUACCAGAACACACUGGCUUUAUCAUUAGGAAUCAGGUCAUUCAGAAAUUCAUCAUCAAAGCAGGAGGAAGAUAAGUUCAAUCUUACCGCCCUGGCUCUGGAGAACAACUCUGAAUUCAUUCCUCCAAGUACCAACAGAACUGUUGGUUCAAAUUCUUCUUCCCCAGGUAACAUUAGCAGGCUUAUUGCCAAUAACUUUGCACAACCUCUAAAAAUUCUUCCUCACCCAGAAGCCACCACAGCUGGUCCACCGCUAGGACACACCAGCUUAGAUAAGAACUCAGUUCUCAACCCUCCCACAGCAGAGCAUUCCAGCCCUUAUUCUGAAGACUCUAUAGAAGAUCCUCUAUACUCAGAUGUCACAGGGAUAAGCCUGCUUCCAUUUGGUACAGAAGAAUUCAGAAAUCAAGAACAUGCUAAACAUAAAAGAUUCAAGGCAGGAAGAGGCCGAGGAGCAAAGCAUAGGUUCUCCCAGAUGGAAUUCCCAGCAUAUAAAACUGGUAGACAUUUAAGCCAAGGCAACUCUUCUUCUUCCAGAAUAGGGCCCUGGGAGAACCUUCCCAGUGAUCUGUUACUCUUACAACAAAAGGAUCCAUCUAAGAUUCUGAAUGGGGAAUGGCAUUUGGUUUCUGAGAAAGGCAGUUAUGACAUAAUCCAAGAUGCUGAUGAAGUUAAGGUUGUUAAUAAGCUGCCAAACAGCCCCCAGAAUGACUCAAGGACUUGGGGAGAAAACAUCCCUUUUAAAGACAAGCAUGGAAAGCAGAGUGGCCACCCAACGUUUUUUGUAACUAGACAUAAACCUCUACCAGGAAGACGAGAUGGAGGAAAUAGUAGAUUGAAGAAAGGCCUUUUUUUAAUUAGGACACGAAGAAAGAAAAAGGAAGAGAAGCCUGCACACCAUGUUCCUCUAUCUCCAAGGAGUUUUCACCCUCUGAGAGUAGAGGCCAACACCCCAUUUUCAGAUGGGAGACAUAAUCAUUCAUUGUUACUCCACCCAUCCAAUGAAACAUCUCUUCCCGCAGACCUCAAUCAGACACUCCCCUCUAUGAACCUUAGCCUCAUGGCCUCACUUCCUGAUGGUGAUCAAAACCCCCCAAAUGACACCAGUCAGACAAGCUCCCCUCCAGAUCUUUAUCGGACAGUGAGCCCAGAGGAACACUAUCAAACAUUCCCUAUUCAAGACUCUGAUCCAACGCACUCCACUACAGUCCCCAGUCACAGAUCUCCUCCUCCAGAGCCCAGCCAGAUACCCGACUAUGACCUAAGAAACAAGGCCUUCCCUACUGAUGUUAGUCAAACGUUCCCUUCCUUGGAACUUGAAGUCUGGCAGACAACUAUUUCCCCAGACCUUGGCCAGGAGACUUUCUCUCCAGACCUCAGCCAGACAACAUUUUCCCCAGACCUUAGCCGGGAGACUCUCUCUCCAGACCUCGGCCAGAUGGCGCUUUCCCCACACCCUGGCCAGGAGACUCUCUCUCCAGACCUCAGCCAGACAACACUUUCCCCAGACCUCAGCCAGACCUUCUCUCCAGACCUCAGCCAGACAACACUUUCCCCAGACCUUGGCCAGGAGACUCUCUCUCCAGACUUCAGCCAGACAACACUUUCCCCAGACCUUGGCCAGGAGACUCUCUCUCCAGACUUCAGCCAGACAACACUUUCCCCAGACCUCGACCAGGAGACUCUCUCUCCAGACCUCAGCCAGACAACACUUUCCCCAGACCUUGGCCAGGAGACUCUCUCUCCAGACCUCAGCCAGACAACACUUUCCCCAGAUCUUAGCCAGGAGAUUCUCUCUCCAGACCUCAGCCCAAUGGCCCUUUCCCAGGACCUUGGCCAGGAGACUCUCUCUCCAGACCUCAGCCAGACCACACUUUCCCCAGACCUCGGCCAGGAGACUCUCUCUCCAGACCUCAGCCCGAUGGCCCUUUCCCAGGACCUUGGCCAGGAGACUCUCUCUCCAGACCUCAGCCAGACAACCCUUUCUCCAGACCUUGGCCAGACAACACUUUCCCCAGAUCUUGGCCAGACGACUCUUCCCCCAAACCUCAGUCAGAUGCCACUUUCCCCAGACCUCAACCAGGCAACUCUCUCUCCAGACAUCAGUCAGACAUCCCUUCCUCUUGAUCUCAGGCAGACAUCACCUCCUCUAGAUCUCAAUCAGACAUCCCACACUUCUGAAUCUAUUCAGUCAUUGCCUCUCCCAGAACUUGGUCAGACUUUUCCUUAUGCAGAUCUUGGUCAGAUGCCAUCUCCUCCACCACAUUCUCCACUAAAUAACACUUUUAUACCAAGAGAAUUUAAUCCACUGGUCAUAGUAGGUCUCAGUAGAGAUGAUGGAGAUUACAUUGAAAUUAUUCCAAGGCAGAAGGAAGAAAGCAGUGAAGAAGACUAUGGUGAAUUUGAUUUUGUGACCUAUGAUGACCCUUACCAAACUGAUCUCAGGACAGACAUCAACUCCUCCAGAAAUCCUGACAACAUUGCAGCAUGGUACCUUCGCAGCAACAAUGGAAACAGAAAAAAUUAUUACAUUGCUGCUGAAGAACUAUCCUGGGAUUAUUCAAAAUUUGCACAAAGUGAAGACAUUGAUGAUGUUUCCAAGGACACCAUAUACAAGAAAGUAGUUUUUCGAAAGUACCUUGAUAGCUCUUUUAACAAGCUUGAUCCUCGGGGAGAGUAUGAAGAGCAUCUUGGCAUACUUGGUCCUAUCAUUAGAGCUGAAGUGGAUGAUGUUAUCCAAGUUCGUUUUAAAAACUUAGCAUCCAGACCAUAUUCUCUUCAUGCCCAUGGGCUUUUCUAUGAAAAAUCAUCAGAGGGAAAGACUUAUGAAGAUGACUCUCCUGAAUGGUUUAAUGAAGACAAUGCUGUUCAGCCCAACAGCACUUAUACAUAUGUAUGGCACGCCACUGAGCGAUCAGGGCCAGAAAAUCCUGGCUCUGCCUGUCGGGCUUGGGCCUACUACUCGGCAGUGAACCCGGAAAAAGAUAUCCAUUCAGGCUUGAUAGGACCCCUUCUGAUCUGCCGAAAAGGAACACUUCAUAAGGAGACCAACAUGCCUGUGGACAUGAGAGAAUUUGUCCUACUUUUUAUGGUCUUUGAUGAAAAGAAGAGCUGGUACUAUGAAAAGAAGCCCACGAGGUCUUGGAGCCGCACAUCCUCAGAAGUAAAAAACUCCCAUGAGUUUCAUGCCAUCAAUGGGAUGAUCUACAACUUGCCUGGCCUGAGAAUGUAUGAGCAAGAGUGGGUGAGGUGGCACCUGCUGAACGUAGGCGGCUCCCAGGACAUUCAUGUGGUUCACUUUCAUGGCCAGACCUUGCUGGAAAAUGGCACUCAACAGCACCAGUUAGGGGUCUGGCCUCUUCUGCCUGGUUCAUUUAAAACUCUUGAAAUGAAGGCAUCAAAACCUGGCUGGUGGCUCCUAGACACAGAAGUUGGAGAAAACCAGAGAGCAGGGAUGCAAACGCCAUUUCUCAUCAUAGACAGAGACUGUAAAAUGCCAAUGGGACUAAGCACUGGUCUCAUAGCUGAUUCACAGAUCAAGGCUUCUGAGUUUUGGGGUUAUUGGGAACCCAAAUUAGCAAGACUAAACAAUGGUGGAUCAUAUAAUGCUUGGAUCGCAGAAAAACUUGCAGUAGAAUUUAACCCUAAACCUUGGAUCCAGGUAGACAUGCAAAGGGAAGUCCUGUUCACAGGGAUCCAGACCCAAGGUGCCAAACACUACCUGAAGUCUUACUACACCACCGAGUUCUUUGUGGCUUACAGCUCUGACCGGACAAACUGGCGGAUCUUCAAAGGAAACAGCACUAGGAACGUGAUGUAUUUUAAUGGCAAUUCGGAUGCCUCUACAAUAAAAGAGAAUCAGUUUGACCCACCGGUUGUGGCUAGAUAUAUUAGAAUCUCUCCAACUAACUCCUAUAACAAACCUGCCCUUCGAUUGGAGCUGCAAGGUUGCGAGGUUAACGGAUGCUCCACACCGCUGGGUAUGGAAAGUGGAAAGAUAGAAAACAAGCAAAUCACAGCUUCCUCAAUUAAAAACUCUUGGUGGGGAGAUUACUGGGAACCCUUCCUUGCCCGUCUUAAUGCCCAGGGCCGUGUGAAUGCCUGGCAAGCCAAGGCAAACAACAACAAUCAGUGGUUACAAAUUGAUCUGCUCAAAAUCAAGAAGAUAACAGCGAUUGUAACACAGGGUUGCAAGUCUCUGUCCUCUGAAAUGUAUGUGAAGAGCUACACCAUCCAGUACAGUGACCAGGGAGUUGAAUGGAAACCUUACAGAGAGAAAUCCUCGUUGGUGGACAAGAUUUUCGAAGGAAAUAAGAAUAUCAAAGGACAUGCGAAGAACUUUUUCAACCCACCAAUCAUUUCCAGGUUUAUACGCAUCAUUCCUAAAACAUGGAAUCAAAACAUUGCACUUCGCCUGGAACUCUUUGGCUGUGAUAUUUAAUAGAAUUGAUUAUUCUAAAAGAUAGGAGGGACUCAAAGACGUCAAACCAUUUAGAGUGGACAAUGUAUUUUAGAGCUAUUUUAAAUAUUAAAAUGUUUCCACUAUUUCUCUUUUUUCUAUUAGAGAAUAAAAUUUUAUAUGUGAAACCUUUAUAACUUCUUAUAACCACUAAGUAAGAUGAUGACUAUUAUCUCUGCAUUAAUUUGAGUAUAGAUGGGAAAAUAUCAAGAACCAACAAGAAAAGGCUUAUCUUUCACUGAUUAA